ACUGAGAGCAGAUAAAGCAAGCAAAGGACAAGGGUGAUACCUUACAUAGAACGGCCAACCAAACCGUCUUAAACAUUCCUUUUCCCUGCUUUUAAAACCGGUUUCAAGAAAAAAAGUCCAGUUUACUCUCUUUGAAGCUAGGCAUCAUUUGCUCGUGCCUUGUCCUGAUCUUCCAGUAUUACUUGCAUCCAUGGACACCGCUCAAUGGCCGCAGGAGAUUGUGGUGAAACCAAUAGAAGAGAUACUCACCAACACAUGUCCAAAGCCUGCAGCUUUAGAGAGGAAAGUAAGACCUCAGAAAGAGCUAGCCCUAAACUGUCCCAGGUGCAAUUCAAUGAACACAAAGUUCUGCUACUACAACAAUUACAGCCUUACACAGCCAAGAUACUUCUGCAAGACUUGUAGAAGGUAUUGGACUGAAGGUGGGUCCCUUAGAAACAUUCCCGUUGGAGGGGGUUCAAGGAAGAACAAGAGGUCAGCCACUUCUUCCUCUUCUUCUUCAUCGAAAAAGCUUCCUGAUCUGGUGACACCUCCAGGCUUGUCACAGUCUUCCUCUCAAAACCCUAAGAUCCGUGAGGGCCAAGAUCUUAAUUUGGCUUUCCCAGCAGCUCAAGAUUUCAGAAAUAUCUCCGAAUUGAUUCAAGUACCCAGCAUUGAAAACUGCAACAAGAACCGAAUUUCUAGUACUACUGCUACUUCCACUACUCCCACUACCUCUCAGCUUUCUGCCUUAGAGCUUCUUUCUGGACUUACUUCAAGAGGUUUCAAUUCCUUCAUGCCCAUGCCUGUUCCAGAUCCGAACACGGUUUAUACGUCUGGGUUUCCCCUGCAAGAUUUCAAGGCGCCAACCCUGAGUUUCUCUCUGGAUGGGCUUGGAAGUGGAUUUGGGAGUUUCCAAGGUGUUCAGGAGACAAGUGGGAGGCUUUUAUUUCCAUUUGAAGAUUUGAAACAAGUCUCUAAUACAAGUGGUAUUGAGCAAAACAAAGAGCAAGGAGAUUCAACUGGGUAUUGGACUGGGAUGUUAGGAGAAGGAUCAUGCAGAGUGGGGUUUUGAAGCUAAUUUUAGGUUGGCUUCAGAAGAUCAGGGUGGCAUGGGAUACGCGUACUUUACAAGGAUAGAAGAAGAGAUCGAGACAUGCCCGGAUUUUUUUAGGGUUAACAAGUAGAUCAUAAGAAGGGUAUGCACCAUGCCCUUUAUUUUAUGUAUUUUCUUCUAUCCCAAAAAACAAGAGCAGAUGGACAACCCAUUACUUUGUGUACUCUCAUUGGCUUGGCACUAAAAAGCUUGUCGGAGGUUCAACUUUUCCAUCCAAAAAUAUGUAAAUUUGCAAGUUUGUAAGGAGUUUCAUGGAUGAUGAA